AUGAACCUGGAUGCUCUGUUCCAGCAAAUACAGUUCAUGGAGAAGCAGGCGAGGGAGAAGAGGAACUUCGUCCAACAAGCUAAAUGCAACAUAAAUAGAGGUUAUGAGAAAAUUAUCCAAAUGAAAGAAGAGCUGAGCGCUGCAAAAAUUAACUUAGAAACCAAGGUUCAGCAUCUUUCUGUAAAGCAGUUCAAUGCAGAAGUUCUGAAGAAACGUGAAGACAGCUUAGAAAAACAAAAAGCUGAACUUAUGAAUCAAAGAGCCAGUCUUCUUAAAAUCAUGGCAGAUGCAAAGAAAAAAAUUACUGAAGAGGAAGAUAAUUUUACCAGAGAAGUAACAGAGUUUAACAAUGAAUAUGGACUAACAAGUAAUAGAGAUCUUCUUAUUAAAAAGAAAGUCAAGACUGAAAUAAAUGAUUUAGAGAAUGAGGCAGCUCUGUUGAAAAAUGAAAUGGAGUCAAUGGAACAUAAAAAUGUUAAGUUAAAUGAACUCCAGCUGCAGAAGGAUGAAUUAAAGCAGGAUUUAUUUGCUCUCCAAAGUGAGCUCAAAGACCUUGAGAAAGCAAUCAGGGAAGCUGAAAGAAUGACAAAACAUUUAGAAGCAGAAAAAGUUCAAGUCACUGAAAAACCUCAGACUGAUCCUGAAUGUUUAAGACUUAAGAAAGAAUUGGAAAAAUGCAAAGAUGAUAGCUGGGAAAGUGUCUGUGAGACUCUUCAAACAGAAAUUGAAAUUCUGCAAAUGAAUUUAUCACAAAAGAAGUCUUCAGGGAAAUGA